GGUUGCGCUAUGGAAGGCCCCGCCUCAUUGGCGGACGUCUUCCUCUGAGGUUAGGCUGAGUAGGGAGGGUGUCUUUUGCUUCGAGCUGCGCUUUCUCAUUCUCCCUUUCCUUCCUCCGCUGGCCAGCGGCUCGCAAGGUUACAGUUGCUUGAUUGCACUUGAGACCUAGCGUGACUCGUCACCUGUUGACCAUCCCCAUCUUUCCCUUCCUUUCCCACUGUUUUGUUUCUAUCCUCCCUACAAAGUCACACUCAAGAUAUGGAAAAGACCGAGCUGAUCCAGAAGGCCAAAUUGGCAGAGCAGGCUGAGCGCUAUGAUGACAUGGCAGCCAGCAUGAAGGCUGUUACAGAAUUUGGUGAGGAACUGUCAAAUGAAGAGAGAAAUCUCCUUUCUGUAGCCUAUAAGAAUGUUGUGGGAGCACGGAGGUCUGCUUGGAGGGUCAUCUCUAGUAUAGAGCAGAAGACAGAGUGCUCUGACAAGAAGCUGCAGAUGGUGAAAGAAUAUAGGGAGAAAGUGGAAUCAGAGCUCAAAACAAUCUGUGGAACUGUCUUGACUUUACUUGACAAAUUCUUAAUAGCAAGCUCAACCGUCCCAGAGAGUCAAGUCUUUUACCUGAAAAUGAAAGGAGACUACUACAGGUACCUUGCUGAGGUGGCAACUGAGGAGGACAGGACUCGAACAAUAGGAGACUCUCAAACAUCUUAUCAGGAGGCGUUUGACAUCAGUAAGAAGACAAUGCAGCCAACGCAUCCCAUUCGCUUGGGCCUUGCUCUGAACUUUUCCGUAUUCUACUAUGAGAUUCUCAAUUGUCCGGAAAAGGCUUGCUUACUGGCCAAAACCGCUUUUGAUGAAGCCAUUGCAGAACUCGAUACACUGAAUGAGGAAUCUUACAAAGACAGCACUCUCAUCAUGCAGUUACUUAGGGACAACUUAACAUUAUGGACAUCCGACAAUACAGCAGAUGAAAGUGAUACUGUAGAGCAAGGCGAAAACAACUAAUUUGCAGUGGGUGCAGCUCUCUUCCUCAAGAAUCCUUUUUACACCUCUCCAUUCCUUAUUGCUCAAAUGGAUUUCCUGUAGCAAUGAAUCCAUCCAUUUGUAAUGGAAUUCAACUGUUAAUAGUCUGUUCACGUUGCAGUUAUGGGUGAAAUCCAUCUUAAAUUUUAUUUCAUUUUUUCCCUUCCAGCCUUUUCGGUGUGCAUUUUCUGCUGUAGAUAAGUAUUAAGUUUAACUUCAUGCUAAAAUAAACAUAAGUCAUUUCCAAACACUUAUGUAGAGGACUUGAAGCCUAUAUGGUAUUUAAAUAAAAAAAAAAGGAAAUUGCAAACAUCGAUCCCUAAAAAAACUUUCUUCCCUCAGUGUAAAACAUUCAUCAAGUUAACUGCUGCAAAAAACUUUUCUUUCCACCCUCCUACCAUUUUAUAUAUAUUUUUAUUUUUUUUAUUUUACUUCUAUUUGUUCAAAAUGUUAACUUUCUUUGGUGUAUUGAUGUGUGGUUCAGAUCCUUUUUGCUAGUUUGGCUGUCUCUUGGCGAUUUUAAAACUGGCAAAGGCAUGAACCUAUGUCUGAGACUGGUAACUGUUUGGGUCUUCACACAUUUUGUUUUAAUUUUUUUUUUUUUUUUUUUUAAUUGGUUUUGUUUUUUGUUUUCCCUGCUGUUUCAUUGAGAACCUCAAUCUCUUCCAAUAAAUAUUCAUUACACUC